CAGCUUUUGUUAAUUCCAAUUACCUUUGUUGAUACGUUCUUUCUUCGGUGGACUUUUUUUGACAGCUGAUUCCUGAUUCCGUCUUCGUCUUCUUCUUCUGAAAGUCUUAGUGGGCGAUGCCACCACGUUACUUAACUCUGCUGCCAUCUUCAGGAGCUAUUGUGCUAUUACCACAAUAUACAGAACAGUACAACCUUUUGCCAUAAAAGAGAGCCAACCAUCGAAGUAAGACUCAUGAUAAUACGCAUAUUAUAAAAUAUGUUUCUAAUUAUUACUUAAUCUAAACUAAUUCAAAUAAAAACACACAUGACAGGUUAAGAAUAUUUUUCUUAGCUCUGUCACUCAUGGGUUCUUAAACAUUAAGUAACAAUACGAUAGUAGUACUGCACUGAUAAACAGGAAAUCACAAAGUUUGAUCUAAAGAAUUAACGUCAGUUUUUUUUUGUACAAGAUGGCAAAGAGCAAAAGUGAUGAAAGAAAACACAACUUAGUGUUUAUGAUCAGUAUACUCUGACCAAUACAGUUCAUUAAAUAGGAGGCUUUAUAAAAUACAGCAAUACUGAAACCCCCCACUAGAUAACAGUAUUGUACUAAAAAGGCCUUCUUUUUCUCUCUGCAUUAAAAUGCGUCUUCUCAGGGCGUGCCCCUCCCAGUUGGGUCUAUAUAGAUGUGAAGAUGAUCUGGACCACCGAAAAAAGGCAGCGCCGCUGCAGAACAAUUCUCUAACCUCUCAAGAACCUCCCAUCUAAACUAAUAUGCAGGCUGAGGAAUACAACCGCAGAGGUAAGGAGUUGGUGGACUACAUUACAAAGUACCUGAGCUCCAUACGGGAGAGAAGAGUGAUUCCAGAUGUAAAACCAGGUUACAUGAGAGCGCUUCUCCCAGACUGUGCACCUACAGAACCUGAAGACUGGGAGAGUAUCUUUGAUGACAUUGAGAAAGUCAUCAUGCCGGGAGUGGUUCACUGGCAGAGUCCUUACAUGCACGCUUACUACCCUAGUCUUACAUCAUGGCCAUCAAUGCUGGGGGACAUGUUGGCUGAUGCCAUUAACUGCGUCGGCUUCACAUGGGCGUCCAGUCCUGCAUGCACAGAGUUGGAAAUGAACGUGAUGGACUGGCUUUGUAAAGCCUUAGGGCUUCCUCACUUCUUCCUCCAUCACCACUCCGAGAGCAGAGGAGGAGGUAUAUUACAGAGCACAGUCAGUGAAAGCACACUGGUGGCUCUUCUGGCAGCCAGGAAAGACAAAAUUCUGCAUCUGCGGGCUGAUCUGGACCAGGACAUGGAUGACUCUGUCCUCAAUUCAACACUAGUGGCUUACGCUUCUGAUCAGGCCCACUCCUCAGUGGAAAAGGCGGGUCAAAUCUCUUUGGUGAAAAUACGAUUUCUUCCCACGGAUGAGCAUCUCUCCCUGAGAGGACAGACGUUGAAACAAGCAAUACAAGAAGACAGAAGGAGAGGACUCGUCCCUUUUCUGCUGUGUGCCACUUUAGGAACGACAGGAGUUUGUGCCUUUGACAUGCUCUCUGAACUGGGACCAGUGUGUGCAGAGGAGGGACUGUGGCUCCAUGUGGAUGCUGCGUAUGCUGGCUCCGCCUAUUUCUGUCCAGAACUGCGCUGGUCCCUCAAAGGCAUCGAAUUUGCACACUCGUUUGUCUUCAACCCAUCGAAAUGGAUGAUGGUUCAUUUUGAUUGCACAGCUUUUUGGGUAAAAGACAAACUGAAACUUCAACAAACAUUCAGUGUGGACCCGGUUUAUCUCAGACAUGAGAACUCACAGGCAGCCACAGACUUCAUGCACUGGCAAAUUCCCCUCAGUCGCCGUUUCCGCUCCCUCAAGCUUUGGUUUGUCAUGCGCUCGUUUGGACUGAAAAACCUUCAGGCACAUAUUAGACACGGUAUUGAGAUGGCAAAGCUCCUGGAGUCUCUGAUAAGAAGUGACCCACAUUUUGAUAUUCCUGCAAAGAGAUACCUUGGCCUGGUUGUCUUCUGUCUCAAAGGCGGUAAUGCUUUAACCCAGGAACUGCUGAGAAGACUGACACGGUCCGGUGCCAUGUACCUCAUUCCUGCAGACAUUCACACUAAACGCAUCCUUCGAUUUACUGUGACCUCACAGUUCACCACGGCAGAAGACAUCCGCAGGGACUGGAGCAUUAUCUCCAAAAUAGCUUCCAAUCUCCUAGCUGAGACACGUGCCCCUGAUAGUGUAAAGUUAGGAGAUGAGGUAAAGGGAGAUGAAGAGAACCGAGAUGAUAGACCUGAGGAGGCUGAGGAGACAGCCCCCAGGAUGGACAAAGCCCAAGUGGAGCUUUGGAUUGACAAGGCAUGGAAUAGAUCUCGGAGGCCAAUGCGCUCCCUGAGCUGCAACAGUGAGCCUUUGCCAUACAAUUAUCAUGGUCUCAAAUCUGGCUAUGCCUUUGAUAAAAAGCUAAGCCCUCAAGAUGAAGCCGACAUCCUCCCAACAUCAGUAUCAGCAGGAGACAGUGCCACGGUAAAGAUGGCAGAGAUGUCUACAAAUAUUGUGGGAAAGCAAGCCAUGAAAAAGCUCACCAAGUUCCACAGUCUUCCAAGUUUCUGCAAUCAGUGGGCACAGGGUAGUCGCCACCAGUUGUGCUGCUCUCUGAAAGUGUCUCAGGCUCCAAAACACUUCACCUCCACUUGCAGGAGAAUAAACUGUAUCCCUUCUCCCCCUAAAAGCAACACAUCUGCCUCCCCUCCACCAAUAGACACUACUCCUGUGCCCAAACUCCUUUAAAAAAUGCUCAUAAUCAGCGCUUAAAUGGGAUUGCAUUAAGGAAGAGAAUAUCACAAAGUAAGUUUUGAGAAAGUUUUAAAAACAAAAAAUGCUUGCACUAUAUCAUUUACAAACAUGACAAAACCAGGAAAUUUGUUCUUAUGUGCUUUGAAAUGAACUGAAAAGCUGUUCUGCUAUAUGUAAAAGCUUCAUAAUCAUUUGUCACUUUAGUUUCACAGCAACUAAAGUGAUUCACAGUUUGAUUCUUCCCUCUGCUACGGAUUCAAACAUCUCCUGAGUCAUGUUGACGUAGCCCUUAUUGUCCUCGAGGAAAAGCAAAUGAUCUUUAACGAUGGCGGGAUUGAAGCCCUCCUCAGCUAGCUUCACCUUCAUCUGCUUGAAUGUACCAGUCACCGGCAGUGCAUCCUGCGGGAGA